UCAUGUUUAAUUUCAGUUGACGCACUCCGCAAUAGACUAUUUAAUUCAAUACGAUUAGCAUGUUAUUUACAUAAUGUACUGAUACUUUUAGGCCAGGACCCACAUCGACUGGAUAAAUUAUCCACGAAAGUAAAAUAGACAACCAAAUUAUUGCAAAACCAGUUACGUUCACGGAUAGAUCAGGAAAUGAAAUGAUGGCGAUCGAAAUAGACGGAGGAACGAUACCACCGUAUCCAGAAGAGAUGUUAGGAAACUCGUAUUCGGAACAGUUCAGGAAGCUUAGGGAAAUGACCAUAAGAGAUGAUGAUGUCAUUGUAUGUGCUUAUCCCAAAGCAGGUACUCAUUGGAUAUGGGAAGUGAUUCAGAUGUUGAGAGGUCAAACAACAGAAUACCAUAAACAUAUUAAAGAGCAGCACAUGUUAGAAGCUAGGAAUAUUGAUAAUUUUGAAGCCGAUCCAUCACCACGAGUUCUUAAUUCACAUUUAUAUCCACAUCAUUUACCACGACAAAUGUUUGAAAAGAAAACGAAAAUGAUUUACUUCACUCGUAAUCCUAAAGACACGGCAGUUUCCAUGUAUUUUCAGUAUCAGGGUAAUACAGUAGAAAAAUCAUUUGGCUACCAUGGCAAUUUAAGUGAUUUUAUAGAUCUUUACAUCAAUAAAGGAAUACCAUAUGGCCUAUGGUAUGAUUAUGUUCUAGAAUGGGAAAAGUUCUUUAAAACAACUGAAAAUCCAUUUUAUCAAUUCUCUUAUGAGGACAUGAAGCAGAAUCCCCUACAUCAUGUAAAAGGUUUGGCUAAAUUUCUGGACACUGAUAUCUCUGAUGAAUUAUGUGAAGCUAUAGUAGAUGCCUGUUCCUUUAAUAAACUAAAGAAAGCCAACGAAGACGUAAAAGACGACUUUCUAAAACCCUAUUUCAAAGAAGGAACUUCAUUUUACAGAAAAGGUAAAGUUGGUGAUUGGAAGAAUUGGUUAACUGUAGCUGAUAGUGAAUCUAUUGAUCGUAUGACAGCUAAACGAAUGAAAAACAGUCAAAUUCAAUUGAAAUAUACAAUUUGAAAAAAAAAAAAUACUCCAAUUCAAUUCAAUUGAAAUAUACAAUUUGAAAAAAAAUACGCCAGACUAUUAAAACGAUU